AUGAGAGGUUUUCACUGUCCUGCUCUGCUGCUGCUGUGGGCUGUGUGUAGCAUGUCAGACGUGCAGGCUGACGUGAGGACAGUCAAGCUGUGUGGCCGAGAGUUCAUCCGUGCCGUCGUCUACACAUGUGGUGGCUCCAGGUGGAGGAGGUUCAGCAGUCCGCAGGAUAUGGAAGGGUUUUUUAAUGGAGAUCUAAGCAGUGCUGAGGAUCUUAGCGAGAGUCUGGGAUCUGACCUGGCCAGGCGAGACCUGAACAAUGUUUGUUGUCAGUUUGACUGCAAGAAAAGUGACCUCACGUUGCUCUGCUGA